AUGGAUGCUACUGGAGCCACAAUGCGCCCUUAUCAGGAAUCGAUGGCUGCAAUGUGCUUCCGAAACAUACGGCUUACGGUAGUCGCCAAGUUCACGUUUAUUUGCUUGGUAUUGGUGUCACUAUUCGGAAUUGCGUUCAAAUACGACGCAGUGGUCGGCAUUCAGACCUACCGGCCGAUGAACAUUCAAGGCGUGGUGGUUGUGUUCCGAUCAUUGAAGACUGAAGAAUUCGCUAAAAGUAUAUCAGUACUAUUAAAUGUUACGCGAAACAAUAAUAAUUUUACUAACCAAUCGGUGGUUGAACAGCCAGACUACAAUAAAAGCAUCGAUUUAGCUGAUUCGCAAGCAAACGGUUAUAAAACAGUAAUGUUAAAAACCACUGAGUCGCAUCCAAAGAAAAAGCUUACAGAAGACGUGACAAAAGUUAAUCAAACGGACCGGAAUUUUCUUUACAUUGAUCCCCGAGUUACUCUGAUUAUGGCGGAAAUCUUGCGGAUAGGGUCCAAGCUUCCGGGAAACCUGACAAGUCUGCAGACACUCGCAUCGAGGGUGAAGGAGAGCCCAGAGUUUCCGGGGAUGCCGGACCCCUGCGUAGGCCCCGACCGGAUAACGGGUGUGGAGGACAUCCUCUGUAUGAAACCCCCAAGGUUCCUAGCGGAUUACAAGAACCCCUGCUGGCAAGAUGAUGCCGAAUUCCGCUGCCUCCCAUACUUCCACCUGAUAGGCGUAUGCAAGAGCGGAACGUCCGACUUAUUUAAUCGUUUGUUCAUGCACCCGGAUAUCAUUCCGAACAGGGGCAUUGGGAAUAAAGAAACCUGGUACUGGUCGUGGAGGCGACUUGACAUAUUGGAAAUAAACGGCACUUUCAACCAGGGAAUGACAUUGAAGGAUUUUACUAAUACGUUCGUGUCUUCCGGACUUCAAGCCACAGGUGCAAAAGGCAAACAUAACAAAAUUACUGGUCACGGUGAUCCCAUGGACUUCUGGGACCGCUUCCUAGAAAGAAACACGCCGCAGAACACACCCGGCGCCGACGAGCUACUCUGGACGACACCAUAUGCCGUCCGCCACGUCAACCCGAACAUCAAGCUACUACUCAUGCUGCGGGAUCCCGUCGAAAGGUUGUUCUCUCACUAUAUUCAUUUGGGCUACGGUACCUCGGCACAGUCUUUCCAUGAACACGUGGUGAUUUCCAUCGAACGAUGGAAUAACUGCACUAACUCGCAUACCAUUCGUCACUGCAUUUACGAUCAGCCCUUGAGCAAAAAUCUUCCGGCCCCGAUCUUCACGAGCUUCUACAUCGUGCACCUGUUGGAGUGGCUAAAGGUAUUUCCCCGGGAGCAGAUCUUGAUUUUCCGGAACGAGGAUUACACGGUGGACAUUAAGGGCACCCUCACGGAAAUCUUCCGCUUCUUAGACGUCGACGUUCCGAACGACAGCGUUGUCGCCAAUAUGACAAACAUGGCGCCCUUCUACGUGUCGGAAAGGCGGAAGUCGGCCGGGCAAAUACUUCCGGAAACAAAGCGCCUUCUGGUAGAGCUCUAUCGGCCUUACAAUGAGCAGCUCGCGGCGUUCCUUGGGGACACGAGAUACGCGUGGCACGACGCUUCGUUUGCCACCGUAUAGACUGUGAAAUAGUACAGUAUAAACUGUGAAACAGUACAUUCACUAUAGCUUACGGAAUGACAUUUUCCGUUGGAUAUUAUUCAUACGCCACGUGGGACGCAGCCAUCAUAGCUCAUGUGGUACUAUUUAUAUUGGGUAUUUUCCAUAUGCCGCUUGAGAUAACCCAUGAGAGACUGUCAUACAGUGUGAUACAAUCGGCAUAGCCCUCGGAAUACUACCCAUACACCGCGACGGAUACUGUCAGCAUAGCUCGAAUCCCGAGUGGGAUAUAGUCGACAAGGCUCGAUGUCUGCUUAUCAUACGCCGCUUAGAACACGUUCUGCUUAGCACGUGGGGGACAAUCCUUACACUGAGCGGGAUUCACUUGGUAUAGCUCUUGUUAUGGUAUCCACAUGCCACAAGGGAUACAGUCGGUAUGAUACAUGGGAAACUAGUCAUAUAACGCGUGGAAACUAGUCGAAAUAGUCGUAUGAUACUAUGCUUAAAUCUAGUGGAAAACGGUUUAUAUCACUCGACAGAUUUCAUCAGUGAUGCCUAUGAAAUUGUUAUUGGAAAAUUAUAUAAAACAAACUACCUUGUUAACAAAGAAAAACCUUUGUUGUUCUAGUGCUGACCUACUUAACAUCGAUCAGAAAAAUAA